UCUUGACCUCAACUAGGUAUCAUCGUCACCCUACUCGUUCUCCUCUCGCUCUCUUUUAAUCUCUACGGGCUGGCCAUAGGGUUGCUUCUUUACCUGUUCUCUCCUCAAGGUAUCUACAGUCAUAGGAGCCUCCAUCUUAUCGAGAAUUCGAGGACCCCGGUACACCACGUCGACUCAAAGAAACUCCAGCGACAAGUCAGAAGCAGGUACCUACCCCUUGCAAUGAGCAAGCCUGCUGGUAUUCGCGCCCUUCACAGCCGACUCUCAUGCGGCUACUCCUAGACUUCAUGGCCACAGUUGACAUUUGCCGCGCGCCACAGCAUGUUUUCGGAGUCUGAAGUAGACCAGAUCAGCGCGACUAAAGCUGCGACAUCGCAACCUGUUACAAUUCGUCGAAUAUAUAAAGGGAGGUCAUCGUCGCUUGUCUACCUAUCACUCGUCCUUCGCUUCUGACUAGUUUUGAAGAGUCUUACUUUCUUUCUUCGACACGCCUAGCAAUGAGCGACGCCAAUCGAGACGAAGACGAUGAGGCAGAGCCACAAGCAACCUCAGAUGUGCGCUCGCGGGCUGGAACACCUGUAGCCAAGCCUGCAAGCCUCAGGUGUUUGGCGCAUAUUCCCGAACCGCCUGAGGCAGCCGAGGCGUCCGAUGUUUGGCACUUCGGAUAUCCCAUGACCCCGCGCGAGAUCGGGGAAUUUCUGGAUCGCUAUCGUGGAGGUCGCGAGCGUUUCGGAAGCUACCCUGAUAUGUGGCCCGAGCACGUCGCCGCCUACGCCUCUUGCAAAACUGGGUGGCCAGGAAUUCGGCACGUCUUCGUUGAAGGCGUGAAGGACGUGCCUGGCAUCGGGGACAUGACAGGACCGGAGUGGCAAACCGAAUUUUCAUUGCAUCGUGUUGACGGGAAGCGAGAAGUGACUUUCCUUAUGAUAUGCUCGACGAUCGCAACCUGGUUCAUGGCGCAUAAGCCGUGGCAGGAGCAACUUGACGAGCUCACGAGAUUGUUUGAGAAGGAGCCCCUGUGGAUGAAGGAUGUAAUGCCGAAGAGAGAGGCGUGGAGGUUGUAUCAGUUCGAAUAUUAGUGAAUUCAUCUUUUGUAUCUUUUGGAAUGUAUGCUUCCGAUGAAGCAGCAAAUGUAUGAGUUCCGUCGGUUCACGCAGGAUUCGGUAGAAUGAUGUUGAUGCAUGUGGCCUGG